AGGAGGUGGCUGUCCCAGGCCCCGAUUGCUCCCAACGUCGUGGACGCCACGCGACUUUGGCCAGGUCAGCCAGAGCGUGCGAUACGAAAUGUAGCCGCGACAAGCGCCGGUAAAAAAAGAGGAAAGCCCCCCUUCACUCGCAGCGGAAAGAAAGACAGAAGCUGGAGCGUUCCCUCGGCGAGGAUUGUUCGACCUCGGAGCCCGUCGUGCCGCGGCAGCGGCGGCGUUGCCGCGGGCGUACGGCGCGAGAGAACAGCGGCGAAGCAACGGAACGACGACCACUACCGCCGGCGUAGUAGUGGCCCAGUUCUGGGAGUCGCGCGGCCCGUGCGCCCUCGGAGUGAUACACGUAUCGUUGUUUCUGCCCGUUCUUCUUCAUUUUUUUUCGGCCAAGUUAUACUCGGUGCGUCGCGUCGUUUCUCGUCCUCUGUGGUGCGUGCCCCUACUGCUUUCGGGCGGGUGUUCGGGGGGCGGCGAGCUAUGAAGGCCGUUAUCCCGAGGUUCGGCGACUCGUCGCCGCGGACAACUAGACUUCGGCCCCGGAGACGACGUGACGUCGCUAGCGCCGACGACGCCGUUGCUGCUGCUGCUGCUGCUGGCUGCCACCACUGUGUGUCCCGAGUGGCAACGCUGCAGCGCCAGUGAUGACCUGCAGGUGCCGAGGACAUGCCGACCUGAAGGCGCCAGAGCAUGUACCACCACGCGAGCAACAGCCGCGGCACCUUGGAUGUGGAAAACCGCGUCGUCCUCAACGUGGGCGGCAUACGCUUCGAGACGUACAAGACGACCCUCAAGAAGAUUCCCGCGACGCGCCUUUCCCGGCUCACCGAGGCGCUCGCCAACUACGACCCCGUGCUGAACGAGUACUUCUUCGACCGCCACCCGGGCGUCUUCGCGCAGAUACUCAACUACUACCGCACAGGCAAGCUGCACUACCCGACCAACGUGUGUGGCCCGUUGUUCGAAGAGGAGCUCGAGUUCUGGGGCCUCGACGCCAAUCAGGUCGAACCUUGCUGCUGGAUGACGUACACGGUAUACAGAGACACCCAGGCUACAUUGGCCAUCCUGGACACGCUCGACAUCGAGAACGAGAAGCCCAGCGAUGAGGAGCUGGCGCGAAAGUUCGGCGUCGAGGAGGACUACUACGCGGGCAAGCUGUCCUGCUGGCAGCGGCUCAAGCCACGCAUCUGGUUGCUCUUCGACGAGCCUUACUCCUCGCUGGCCGCCAAGGUCAUGGCCGUCAUAUCGGUCUUCUUCAUCUGCGUCUCCAUCCUCUCGUUCUGCCUCAAGACGCACCCAAACAUGCGCGUGCCUGUCAUCGUGAACCGGACCGUCACGCAGCGCAACACCACCGCCUGGGUCCUGGACAAGGUCAAGACGGACGCGCACGACGCCUUCUUCUACGUGGAGAGUGUGUGCAAUGCCUGGUUCACCUUCGAGAUCACCAUCCGGUUCGUGGUGAGCCCGCGAAAGCUCGACUUUGUGCGCGCGCCCAUAAACAUCAUCGACUUCAUCGCGACCAUGUCCUUCUACUCGGACAUGCUGCUCCAGCACCUCGCGGCGGACCUGGAGAACGCCGACAUCCUGGACUUCUUCUCCAUCAUCCGUAUCCUGAGGCUGUUCAAGCUGACGCGCCACUCGCGCGGACUCAAGAUCCUCAUACACACCUUCAAGGCCUCGGCCAAGGAGCUCUUCCUGCUGGUCUUCUUCCUGGUGCUGGGCAUCGUGAUAUUCGCCAGCCUCGUGUACUACGCCGAGAGGCUGCAGGCGAACCCGCGCAACGACUUCACCAGCAUCCCCGAGGGCCUGUGGUGGGCCAUCGUGACGAUGACCACAGUGGGCUACGGGGACAUGGUGCCCAGGACCUACGUGGGCAUGCUCGUCGGUGCCCUGUGCGCGCUCGCGGGCGUGCUGACGAUCGGGCUCCCCGUGCCGGUGAUCGUGUCCAACUUCACCAUGUUCUACUCGCACACGCAAGCGCGCGAGAAGCUGCCCAAGCAGCGGCGACGCUUCGUGGGCGAGCCGCCCGGCACGGGGACGGCGGCCGCGGCGGCCGCGGCGCCCAGCGUGCCGCAGGCGCGCCGGAUGAACGCCAUCAAGCACCACCAGCACAGCAGGGAGUUUGCCGCCACCAACAAGCCAGGUAUCUACAACGGCGUCAGCACACCGGACCAGGCACCACCUAUGCAGGCCAUAUUUACAUAAGUCCUGUCAUCUCUAGGAAGACAUCCUUUCGCGCAGUCAGACCUUGAUUGUGUUAACUUUGUGGUGGCCGCCCCGUGUCUCCCGAAAGACGCGUCGCUAGCUGCCUACACUUUAAAGUUAAUGCUGAAUCUAUACUCAGAACCACUGACGAGGCCACCACAACGCUAAGUCAGGUUCAACGCGGAUAAAAUAAUUUGCGAAACGUUACAAAAGUGACAAAGAAGAAGAAGAAGAAGAAAAAAAAAAGAUGGCCUCGUUUACAUGCUCCCACAAGAUCUGCCACAUGCGAACAAGUUUGAAGCUGGUGACAAACGUGUCUUGCGCGUGUAAUCAGUAGAGGGCAAGAAUUUCGUUUCAAUUUCUUCCAGAGUAGUUGAGAAACGUUAUAUGUGUGUGUUUUCGUUUCUUUAUUUUAUGCGGUGUACUUACGGUGCAUCUUAACGCCAUCGUGGAGUGUGCAGAAGUCACGAUUUCACUGUUACCUUUGCUAAGCAAACUGUAGACGAUAUCUGUUAACUCAACCACUGAUAAGCGCGUAAUUACACAUUCCGUAUGGCGCCUCGGUGUAACUGAUAUCAGAAGCGAAAAAGCUCGUCUUCGGGAACCGUUAGCUUCACCAGCACUGUUCUGGCUCGAGUGAUCACGAAAAAAAAAAAAAAUCAUGCGUAGCAAUUUACCCUAUAGAAAAAUGAUCGUAGACACACUGACCAACCAAGUCGAUGAUGGUACUAUGUAUACAGAGGGCACAUUGCCCGUGAAUAUAGCUUUAACACAAGAUUAAGCAUUUUUAGAAAACAAGAACAUCACACACGGAAUCUAAAGGUUACUCAUUUUUUGUACAAACAAUUUCACAGUAAACCCUUGCGCGGUUUCGAUCUAUGACCUUUUGGGGAAAGAAUUUCACUCCUUAGGGGGCACUUGCUUACAUGUUUUUCUUCGGCAUAAUUUUAUAAUCACACGCGUCACCACUUUUAAAGAACCAGUUCUCUGCGGAUGUCGCUCUAUAUAGGUCUACACAUAUCUGCCUCUCAGAGAAGUCGCUCUGUUCCCUGGCCUUGUGAGAUUAAGAUAUAUAGAUAUAUAUAUGUAACGACAUUGCUAUAGAAUAUAUAUACAUAUAGAUGUAUCUAUAUACAAUGUAUCUAUAUACAAAACACACUUUCGCCUUCUCCUCGCUGAACUAAAGUUUUAGGGAUUGAGUGCGGAAACAGCUCGCGCACACGCUGUAACUCAGGUACGCGCUAUGUAGGCCUGCAUCUCCUCCCCGACCAAACAUUAUUCGCGUGUAAUGCGUGCUAGGACUAAAGAAACGGCUUUCAUGUAGCUUAGAAAAAAACACCAUCUUGCGCCGAUAUUUUAGAGCUUCGAGCUUGCAUGAAACGUUGGAUCUUUAGCUGCGAUACUCGCUUUUAGUGUUGCGCGAGCAUAGUUAGUGGCGAGCGUACAAACUCAGACCAUUCUCUUAAGCACAUCAAGAUGGAACAGAGCAACGAUGUUCUACGCUUUUGCCAGUGUGAGUUACUCAAGGCUGCCUUUCUAGCUUUCCGUUAGCUCCAUCCGAAGAUGUUUCGGCGGAGAAAGCAAGCUUGACAACACAAGUCUGUGAAUAACGAGGAUCUUUGUGGAAGGUAUCAUAAAGGAAAAAACAAACAAACAAACAUAUCUCGCUCUUUGUAGCGAUGCAGUCGACAGUUAUGCUCUGUUACGCAGGAAAAUGCGGGAACGCAUGCACGCGAAAGAAAUAGUCGAUGUGACGCCCCGUUGGUUUUCUGGACAGAUCGCCAAUGUUUUAUACACCUGCUAAACUAUCGAUCUAUUCGAGAUCCUAUACAGGUUGUGGCAGAGGUCGACGAGAGAACGGUUCCUUGACCAAACCUACAGAGCCGAACUCUUCGAUUAAGAUAGGCGGAAAUAAAGCUGUCUUUGCCUUGAUACCGAGGGGCGACGAAAAGAUUUGGCAUCUAAGUAUGUCACAUAAUGAUAGCAUUCAACUUAACUGAUGCAUACACAUGCAUCAUCGGACCAGAAGUAGAAGCGUCGACUUCGACAGGACUGCCUUAAGUUUAGCUUAAUUUGUCAAAUCUAAAUCAGCGCUUGAUAUUUUGUUUUUCCUAAGUCUCCGCGCCCCCAAAUGUGAACAUGAAAGCACGGAAGUCUUUAAAUUAACCAGGAAAGCACAGAGCCGACACGGUAGAUUUUGGGCUUAGUUUGCAAUCUGAACGUCGAGAAAAAUAUUCUGAAAAAAGCAAACGAGCGCGUAAUUCUGAUUCGUAUAUGGCAUAUCCGUGUCUGCUAGGGUGCGUGCGCUUUUAUGAAAUUUUUGCGCUUGCCACAAAUUAGAUUGCAGGAACAUGUAACUAAACGGCGCGCAUUAGGUUCUUGUGAAUAUAGCUUUCACAGUAAACGAGAUAAAGUGGACGAAAGGAUAUGGGUUGAAUUUGCGUCUUAAACCAGGGCGAAAGUAAAAUAUCGUGCAUACCAAUGUAUUAGUGGAGAGUCACAGAUAGGAUUAAUAUUGAAGUAGGUACUUCUUUUUCUUUUUCUUCGAGCGCUCACGCGUAUGCCUUGCCUUUGCCCACCAGGUGCUCUAAGCAGUGCACCACGAAUUAGCUGCACCUACUGUUUUCCUCAGACUGCUGUCAUCUCAGAUUUUUUAUUCAAGAAAGUAAGACACCGCGCUCUUUUACAAGCCUAAUAGCUGUUCAUGUAUACUCUCUGUAUAAACACACGAAAAAUGAAGUGCAGAAACCCAGCGUUGCCUUUUUAACCGGUGGACGUGCAAUGUGGGACCAACAUGCUAAACCGAACCGAGACAGACCUAACGCGCGCCCGCAAUGAAAGUGCCCUGAAUCCCCACUGCGGUUGCUGCCUGUAAGUGAGCUUGCAAGGAAAGCCUUCGAGGCAUCACGUGUGCUGCGGUUAGCGACACCUGCGGCAGUCGAGUCAGCGCUCGCUGGACAGCAGACCGCCGAGGCGAUCAGAAACACUGACCGCCGAGUUCGGCAUAGGGGACACCGCCGCUCCCAUCAUGCUCUGUCAUCAGCAUUCUCGGGGCAACGCAACGGCGUUCGUUUCCCGAGCUACUAUUGUCGGGCCGAUCUAUUGUGUUUCGUGACUCUUACGCUCAACAGCUGCGCCUGAGGCCGCCGCUGCGAGGAGGCAGUCUUCGUGUGCGGCUGGCGACAUGGAUGGAGCACCGCGAAUACUUCAUCUGCCUGUUCACUGCGAUCGUCAGCGGCGACUCCAGUGUGCGACGUCGGCUCCUCGUGUGCGUGACGUCAUUGCGGGCUCCGUGUCAUGUGGUGCCGACUCUUUCGUGCGACUUCUACAGUGCUGUGCUGUGCCGGUGCAUAUCGUCUGACGCGGUGCGGUAAAAAAAGAAAAUAAUAAGAGACGUUUCGGCGACGUUUUCGGUUGUGCUGCUUGCUUUGCGUAGGUCGCCAGAGAAGGCACCUCAACAAGCUUCACCCUUCGGUGCCGUCCUAUUGUGGUGUGCAAAUAUUGGAACACUCAGAAGAAAAGAUUAAUGAGAACGAGAACGUUUCACUUUUAUCGCGACGAUGCACUAUGACGAAAACAAACUUCCCUGCUCUAUGGUUGGAGUCGUCUCUUCAUUUAUUUGGACUGUGCGCACUUAUUAUCAGCUGAUGCCUAUGCUUGUAUGUCGGUUAAUUGAAGGAGGAGCUCUUGUUCACCGUGAUACUGAUACUCAAUAUGCCUCCUGAAUAGAUCUUGCAGAGAUGCACGGCAUUCGGGAAACAAUGACAUUAACUAGGAUUAUGAAUGUGUUAGUGUUAAUUUUUUUUAAUUGCAGCAUUUGCAGCACUCUUGGGUCUUCUUCAGUCUUUACUCGUUAGACUGAAUGAAAUAGUUCAUAUAAAGCAGAAUAUGUUCCUUGCCGCCUACCGAAGAUACGGUGAUCGCCGGAUUGUCAAUUUUGUUUUAAAUGCCUCAGCAACCGGGUGAAGGAUGGUCCCAUAAUGGGUCACUUGCCAUUAGAAAGAAAACCUUUCUCUAUAUUGCGGUUCUAAGGCACGUGACAAAGUUGAGUAACCCUUCAAAACAGCAGACCUCAUGGCAUCCUAAAAGUGAGCCCGUAAAGAAUUGUAAAUUAAGUUCUGACAGUGUCUAACUACAAUAUUCACUGAUACAGCAAAUAUUUCACGAGGAAUUUAUUAAAAUAUCUACAUCUGUCAUAACACAACGCUACGUUCGUCAAAACUUACGUUUCAGCAGUGUAGAUGCAAAAAGCUUACGUGUGUUGUUGCAAGUGUGACAUCUGACACAAUUGCACGCAGCCGCUAGAUUCAACGAAGUUGUCUAUUGGAUCGGUCCUGGCAGGAAGCCCAAGUUUCCCCUUGCUCUUUGACAUAGUAUAAUUAUUCAUCUAAGAUGUACACUGAUCGCGUUUCGAGCUGAAUGAUGGGCCUGCCAUCUGAUCUUUCUUCUCAUGACUAGAAUUAUCUUAUGAGACACAAAGUCAGCAAAUGCCUUGCAGAUUACGUUCUUCUGUCGAUGUGGGUGUGAUUCAAUGUCUCCUUCGUCCAUGUUGAGUUCAGUGUGCAUAUCAUUUCAGCCAUUCAUUUUUUUCCAACUUGCUGCUGAUAUUAUUGUGAUAAACAAAGGUUGUAGUUUCUUCGGGAUUUUCACGGUGAAUGCAUGCCCGUCAUUACAUAGCACUCGCGCAGUACGCACAAGAUAUAUAUGCGUUAAGCUAUAACACAACCUGUGCUGAGUGUAGGAAGAUGAAGGGACACAGGAGCCCUCUUUUAAGUGAAUAUCUCGCUGUAGGCGGGUGUUUCACAGGCUUGUUUCUGUGUCCCAGGCAUACUUAAGAGUUGUCCAGAUCAUCCCUGACUUUGACGCGUAGCUUCUCGCAUAAAUGCAAGCACGUGCCCGUCAUUCCAUGCCAAUACAAGUCUAAUUUGAAAGAAACAGCACAAAUAAAUCUGUAGUUACAACCAUUAGAUUGCGUUCUUGGAAUACCGAAUGGGUUGGUCUUACCGUGAACUAUUUAUGCCAAAUAUGCCCAUAUGGUACGCCGGAAAAGGGAUCGUCACCUUGUAUUUCUCACAUCAUCUUUCCUUGACAUUGUUGACCUUGGCAACGCGCACUCAGUGGUUGCCAGGUGCUUAUAAAUGAUAAAAUAAACAAUUACGUGGGACUCGAAAGUGAGAAAAGAGUCAACGUUAGGACUUUCGGAAACUGUGCAGCAAAACGCGCGAAAUACGUGAACCACAGGGACAUCUGGGACGUCACAUGAAUGUCGCUAUCUCAGCGGGUAGGUUGUAAAAGUUUAAUGAAAUAUAUUAGUGCUUCAUUUCUUAUUUCAAUAAUAAUUUUUCACCUAAUUAAUGUCAAUCGAUCUGUUUAAGAACUUUCUUACCAGUUCAAAUUAUUUCAAUGUUUCUUUUAAGUGUAGCUUUAAGAUAACGCAGUGCAAUGGAUUUCAUUACGGAAGUUUGGCGUUAUCGACAUAAUGUCGAGAGUAUGUGGAGCGACGUGAGCUUUUUUGCGUUUUUCUGUUAACUAGGGGUUAGUGAUAACAGCGGUGGCAAAAUUGGAUGGUUUGGCUUUUACGUGUAUGCUUAAGUUUCAGAUUGAAUUCCUCGUUCGCUACCUAGACGUACAGUGGUUGCACUCUCCCACAUGCUCAAAAGGAAAAGCGCUGCGUACCAUAUGUUUACCAAUUACCAUGCCUAUCCUCCCUUUCGCCUGCCUUUUUUCUUAAAGUUGCACGAUAGGGCCAUCGGUUGAAGGAAAUAAGUAUGGUAGUCCUGGGGGGGGGGCACGCUUCAACGACAAUGUCACGUGUGUAAUCCGCUCUUCCAAGAGCAAUAACGCGGCAGUUUUCCUCCCUUGAUAUGAGCAUUAUCUCUGUGUUGUAGGCUGAUUCGGAUAUAAUGUCGACAAAGGCUCAAUAACGUGGAUGUGCCGGUAAACAUUUCAUUUCCCAGAGCGUCUAAGUUAGAUUCGGUAUGCAAUUUUUUCAGCUUGUCUCGAUGUAGUGUGUAUGAGAUGGCGCUAAGCAAGUGAUAUUACGUGUUGCACAAGCAUUACAGUUUCGGAAUCUUCAACUGACUAACAGGCGCCACACCUUCAUUUUAUUGCAGGAACGCGGUCGCCCGAUUCCCAUUAAGCCAUUUCUUCCUCUGGAAUAUCCUUAAGGGUAUCCCUUAGAAGAUAGAAGUUUGGGUGACAGAUCAUGCACGAGCAGGUCGUAUUCUAGCUGAGAUGAAGAAAAAUAAGCGCAAUUGAAUGGGCAGUGUGAGCCGGGGGCCAUGGAACCGGUGGUCUAUAACCAGAGUGAAUGUCAAGGGAAUGAUAACACAGUGAAUAGCGGUCGAGUAUUAGAUGGAGGAUUGGAUGCCUCCAGGGGGCAUGUUGCGCUAUAGGCCGGGUUUGGUUGAAGUUGGACAGAGGUAACGGGACUCCUUCGGAGAUAUGCCUUGCAGUGGACUUAACUAGUACGAUGAUGUUCCUAGCUCAGUGUCGUGCGAGUUAAAAAAUGAUUCAGUUGAAAAAAUGCGUGGUAUACAUGGGCUCGAAACUGCAGCAGAAACACGCUUUCGAUGCUUCACAGGCUUAUUAUUAUUGAGAACCGGGAGGCAUCCAAGAACAUCAUCCUUGGGAGCAGAUAAUAAAGAAGGAUUAGUUUUAUUGUAUCGAAAGCAGGCAACCAUAUCAAUAACUUGAUAAAUCGUAUGUGCAGCAACCAUUUGCUAUUUAGUCAAGAUAUACUCGUUUAUUAUGAGCAAUAUUGUGCCGACAAUUUCCAAGCAGUACAAGCUGAAAAGCUUAAUGUGUUAAUUUCUUUCACAGUUAUUGCAACGAAAUAUGACAGACAUUUCAUUUCCCAGAGCGUCUAAGUUAGAUUCGGUACGCAAUUCUUUCAGCUUGUCUCGAUGUAGUGUGUAUGAGAUGGCGCUAAGCAAGUGAUAUUACGUGUUGCACAAACAUUACAGUUUCGAAAUCUUCAACUGACUAACAGGCGCCAUCUUCGUUUUAUUGCAGGAACGCGGUCGCCCGAUUCCCAUUAAGCUAUUUCUUCCUCUGGAAAAAUAGUGCCAGCAGGCAGAGUAGAACAGCUGCUUGGCAUCAGGGACGGCAAAAACAGCUAUGAGACCAUUAGAUGGUCUUCGGAUCCUACGGUUACUUAUGAUGCAUUCCCUGCACAGCGCAACAGUUAGCGCCGACUUUGACGAUUACUUAUUGCUUUGGCAGUGCUUGGACUUCAGCGACCUCGAAAGGUUCUUACGUGAGGUCCACCAAGGUUUGUGAUAUUGCCCUGUUAUAAAGCGCGUCACUUUGCAGUAUUGUAACAAAAUCUCAAAAGAGCUCGCUAGACAGUUUUCCCGAUGUGUUGGUAAGACCCAAUGUUCGCCUUCGUGAGAAAUUUGCUAGAUAGCACUGGUCAACGAUCAACAGAAAGCACAUAUGAAAAUACUUGCUUCAAUAAACCUUUGACUUUUGUGUCAGUAAGCAAGCUGGUUUUAUGCAUCGUAGUGCUUGGGCACGACGCUGUUUUAAAACGUGUGCGCUUAACUCGAGUGGUAUAUUUCGCGCUCCACGCAAUGACUCCCACAUCGCACAGCUGCACUGUUACAAGUGCUAUGUAUAGAAUUGCUGUUUCUCUCUUUUCUUGUUUUCUUGAGGGCGUAUGCUUGUGUACAUAUGAAUUCAUUAUGGUCACGUGAAUCCUCAAGAUCGUCAUAUUUUGAUAGCUUCAUCUUCGGAAACGAAAAAAAAAGCAUACUCUGUUCUGUUUUCCUUUUGAGGAUGUCAUCGUCGCCGAAAAAAAGAACUGCUGCUUGCGGAUGUAGCCUUUCUAUAACUAAUAAAUUUUUGGCUUAUCGUUUGUAGCCGUGUAGCAUGGUAGUGAGCAUACUACAAUAAAAAUGCUGCGAACGUA